AUUGUUCCAUGUGAGGGUUACCAAUUCAUUUGUUGAGGUCCAGCUUAAUUAAACAGCUCGACAAUACCUGGAGUUUUAACGUGCACUUGAUCUCAGCCGUAAACUUGGCACCAAUCACUACCGUAGGUUGUAAACUUUCCUUGUUAAUUAGCAUUUAGUGCUAAUUAUAGGCCAGAGUGGCUCUUCCAGGGCUUGCUGUGGUCGUGUCCCUUGUCUUCCUCCAUCAGUCUUUCUCCUUAUAAAUUCGAGAGGGUCUAGAGUUGCAGCCAUCCACAUUUUCGUAGAGUCCUUGUGUCGAAGAAGAAGAAGAAGAAAGCGAAAACUUGCUUCCUCUUCGUGUCAUAUAUAGAAUCAAGAAUGGAGAUGCUCAGACUUAGCUUUUUUGUCAUGGCUAUUCUUGCUGCAGUUAUCGUUUCUCUUCUUCUACCUUCCAUCAAUGCUCAAAGCCUCGCACCGGCUCCCGCCCCCACGAGUGAUGGGGUAGCAGUUGAUCAAGGAAUCGCGUAUGCGCUGAUGGCGUUUGCUCUGUUUCUCACCUAUAUCAUUCACUGAUGGAGCUUCUUUUAGAGAAUGGAAGUAUAGGAGAUUGUUCAUUCAUGCUAGCUACGCUUGCUGUGGCUAGCUAUGUAAUUCUUGUUGAUUUGUUGUUACCAUUUAUCAGUUCCCAUUCUUUCUAAAUUAAAAGAAUAAUAUUAUUCAUUUCUGCAUAACGU